GCGGCGCUGCGGAACGACCUGGGCUCCAACAUCCAUCUGCUGAAGGGGCUGAACGUGCGGUUCCGCUGCUUCCUGGCCAAGGUGCACGAGCUGGAGCGGCGGAACCGGCUGCUGGAGAAGCAGCUGGCGGCCCAGCAGAGCGAGCGCGACCGGCGGCUGCGCUACAAAACCUUCUCCCGGGACCAGGCGGUGCAGACGGACGGCGGGACCCCGGCGCUGGUUCCUCCUCCGGGCCCCGGGCACGGGGCUCUGCCCUCGCCGCCGCACUACGGCCGCUUGCCCGGUACCAUCUGGAGCUACACCCAGGUGCGGCGCACCGGAGGCGGCGGCCUGGAGACCGUGCAGGGCCCCGGCGUGUCCUGGGUGCACCCGGACGGAGUCGGGGUGCAGAUCGACACCAUCACCCCCGAGAUCCGCGCCCUCUACAACGUGCUGGCCAAAGUCAAGCGGGAGCGAGACGAGUACAAGAGGAAGUGGGAGGAGGAGCUGAGCAGAAGGAUGAGCCUGGAAUCCAUGGUGGAAACCUUGCGAGAGGUGAGGUUUGGGGUGAAAGGUGCAGGGCUUUUCUGGACAGCGUUUGUGUUUUAUAUGUGUGUUUUAAACACAUUUAUUUGUGUUUUAAAUGAAAAUCUGCCUCCUGGCUGGAGCAGCUGUGCUCUAAAAAAAUGUUGGGGAGCUGGGGCAGGAAAUGAGGAAGUUUGUGAUGGAAUUUGUGAAGUUUGUGAUGGAUCCCUGCUGUCCUUCCUGCAGCCCAUGACAGACCUGGACACAAAGAUCCAAGAAAAGGCCAUGAAGGUGGACAUGGACAUCUGCCGCCGAAUCGAUAUCACGGCCAAGCUGUGCGAUGUCGCGCAGCAGCGCAACUCGGAAGACGUUUCCAAGAUUUUCCAGGUGGCCUCCAAGAAGAAGGAGAGGAAGCUGGCGUCGGACGAGGAGCUGUCGGAGCAGGACGCGGACAACGGGAGGUUCUCGGAUGAGGAGGUCAGCUGCUCCCUCAACAUCACCGAUGAGAUGAAGAGGAUGUUCAACCAGCUGCGUGAGACGUUUGAUUUCGAUGACGACUGUGACAGUUUGACGUGGGAGGAGAACGAGGAAACGCUGCUGCUUUGGGAGGAUUUCACCAACUGCAAUCCCUCCAUCGACCUCCAGGGAGAGGUGAGUUCAUUCCCAGGGAUUUUCCANUCUGCACUGAGUGCAGGGAAAGAAAAACGCAGAGUUAUAGGGUCUAGGUUUCUGGAGCUGGCCACCGCCAAGAGCGACAUGAACCGACACCUGCACGAGUACAUGGAGAUGUGCAGCAUGAAACGGGGUCUGGACGUGCAGAUGGAAACGUGCCGCAGGCUCAUCAAGGGCUCAGCAGACAGGAAUUCUCCAUCCCCCAGCUCCGUAGCCAGCAGCGACUCAGGAAACACAGACGAAAUUCAGGACGAUUUGGACAGAGAGACGGACGUGGAGCCCAUGGUCAGCUGAUAGAAAAUGGGAAGAAUUGCAGAAAAAAGACCCAAGAUUCCAAACCAAUUACUGGGGGAAAGGUGAAAAGACUGGAGAGCCCCCCCAGAGGGACUCAUUCCUACACACAUCCCCUCCCUCCCAAGGAUUGGUGCUGUACAUUUCUAUUCUUCAAAGCAUAAAUGCAGAUUUCUGUAGGAAAACACGGUGUUUUAAUUGUGCCUUUGCCCCAAGCUGAGCCACUUUGAGCUCCAGUGGAAUAUUAAUAACAGGUGUUUUUAUAUAAAAAAAAAUAAAAAUGUAUAUUAUUUAAAAUAAAAACCAAACUACCAAAGGUUUUGGCAGCAGGUGCUGGAGGAGCUCUGGGUACUUUAAUAAGUUGCUGGUUUUUAUUGGACUGAUUGGCAAAAGCAACACUGGCAAAAAAAAAAAAGAGGUGAUUGUGGGGUAAUUAGGGAUGUCUGGCAGAAAAAAAAUGAAAAAAAUAAAGGAAAAUAAAAAUGAAAAUGAAAAGGAAAGGGAAAA